UAGAGUGACUAUCAAUUUUGUGUCUUAAACACACACACUCACGCCCCAACCCGCCCACCAAUUGACAGUCGUGAGAAAGCGCGCAUGAGAAACAUGCACACCUAACGAUUUUUUUUGCAUACAUAAUCAGAUACUCUCACACCUUAGAAUGAGUUUAGAUGAGUUACGGUCUCUGCCACCUCUAUCUUUCUUGUUUAUCUCGUGCGCACUCCACCUGUACGUAAUAUUUAUGCGGCCACUUGGAUCUCCAGUCGUUCUUGCGCGUCUGGCGAUGCGGCUGUAACGACGCGCCCCUGUGGUUCACGUGCCACUUUUCAUUGCUCUUUUUUCCGUGCAGGUCCAAUAAUCGUUGAUGUGCAUGGUUGAAUGUCAUCGCUUUGCUUUACGGACUACAGUUUCCUGCUGCUGGAUCACUCACUGAACCUGUGGUUAGAUAUGACGCAUCGGUCACAGUAGGGACGCGUCUCGGAGAAGCAGAAAGGUUUUAGACAGAAGGGACAAGCGGAUCUGGACUUCACAGGCGUCAUGUCUAACACGACGAAGAGCAAAAAGGAAAAGGAAAUCAUUACGGAGUAUGAGAGCCAAGUGAAAGAGAUACGGUCUCAGUUAGUGGAGCAGCAGAAAUGUCUGGAGCAGCAGACGGACAUGCGGGUUCAGCUCCUCCAGGACCUGCAGGAUUUCUUCAGGAAGAAAGCCGAGAUCGAGAGCGAAUAUUCACGCAACUUGGAGAAGCUCGCCGAACGAUUCAUGGCCAAAACCCGCAGCACCAAGGACCACCAACAAUACAAGAAGGACCAGAACCUGCUUUCUCCCGUCAACUGCUGGUAUCUGCUGCUGAACCAAGUGAGGAGGGAGAGUAAGGACCACGCCACACUCAGCGACCUUUACCUCAACAACGUCAUCACACGCUUCACGCAUGUCAGCGAGGACAACAUGCGUCUGCUCAAGAAGAGCAAAGAGAUCAUUUUCCAGCUGCAAGAAGACCUGAUGAAGAUUCUUAACGAACUCUACACGUGUUGUGACCUUGGCUACCAUGCAGGCCUGAGCCGGGCAUUGCGCACCUACUUGUCAGCAGAAUACAGCCUGGAAACCUCUCGGCACGAGGGCCUGGAUAUUUUGGAGGGGGCUGUGGAGGGGUUGGACCCCAGUAAUGACCGGCAGCGCUUUAUGGAGACUCACCCUACAGCGUUCACCCCUCCUGCACGCUUCUCCUUUCAGCCACACAUGGCAGACCAGGUGAGUCAAAUCACAGCACUGCCGCAGGUGCAAGCCGAGCUCCUCCUCCGAUUCCAGCAGCUGCAGUCGCGCCUCUCCACACUGAAGAUCGAAAAUGAAGAGGUGAGACACACACACACACAAUCCCUUCCCCUUGAAGAUUUAGAGGAAACCAUGAGUCUGGCCUUGAACGAGCUGCGCGAGCUAGAAAGGCAGAAUGGGAAAUCCGCGACUCCUGACCUGGUGCUGGACACCCUGGAGCAGGUGAAGAGCAGCCCGUCUUGCCCAUCCGGCUCCACCCCCUCCAGCUUGUCCAGCCCGUCAGAUUCCCCGAGCCCCCUCAGCCCUAUCAGCCCCCUUCCUCCUCUCCCUCCGCUGCCCGGCCCUUCGUCCCGGCGCUCCAAUGACCCCGUUGCCACCUUCAAACCCGUGGCCUCGCCCCGCAUGGGCGUGAUGCUCCGCCCACCCGCUUUGCGGCCCAAACCGCCUAUUCUCCCCAAAGCCAACCCCCCGCCUUCCCAGCAGCCCCAGAAUCUGCCCUCGAGUUUUAGCGGCGACAAAUCCGGCACUAUGUAAGCCAAUGGGUCCAACCGAAGGAAACAGGGUUUAAGACUCGACGACUGCUCGAAGAACAGGGUUAAUCUCUUAAUAAUGACAUGAUUGCACGGCCGAUAGCUAGUUUAUGCGCAGAACGGUCUGAUAGCAUUA